GCGGGAGAGAGUCGUGGUGGUGGGAGCAGGAGAGCAGGUAAAGGUGCAUGUGUCUGUCCGUUUAUGAACGAGGAGGAGACGGGAAGGGGUGACGGCGCGAAGAAGAGACGGAGAGGGGACGAGGAAAAGGAGGACAAAGGAGCCGACGGAGAGGAGGACAGAGCCGGGACGAAGGAAGGAAAAAGAAGGAGAAGGGGAUGUCGGAGAGGAUCGCUUCGUGCGGGAGCCUGUAUGACAGCACCAACCUGCUGCUACAGUACUGCAACAACGAUGACACGGUGUCGGCCGGCAGCAACAUGGACAUGGAGGACCGGGUUUCCCACCUGGAGCAGAAGCUGCAGCUGCAGGAGGACGAGAUACAGCUGUUGAAGGCCGCCCUGGCUGACGCCUUGCGCCGCCUGGGCUGCUGCGAGGAGCAGAGCCGGGGGGGGCAGCCCGGAGGUGGCCACUCCGCCGGGAGGAGACCUCUGGCCACCACAGUGUCGGCAGCACCUACCAAGGGUAAGAAAGUGCGUCAGCUCCUGCAGGCUCUUCCCUCCAGGCCUCUGAGUAACGGCUACGUUCAGCAGAAACGCCUCCUCUCCUCCCCUUCCUCUCCUAAAAAGGAGGUGCUACAGUCCAAGAGGAAGAGCAUGUCCACAGAGCGUCUCACCCUGGUGAGGAGAGAGUUGGGAGCGGAGAGUCUCAGUCGAACCACCUCCUCCAGCAGCUCCUCCGGAGGCAAAAGCAAAUCCAAAGAAUGCACCUUCAAUGCAGAGGACGGCUACGUGCGGAUGUUCCUCCGAGGACGUCCCGUCACCAUGCACAUCCCCGAUCAGCAGAGGGAGAGCUACAGCCUCGACCACAAGGUGGCGCAACCUGACCGCAAGUUCAAGCUGCAGUGGGUGUACGGCUACCGCGGACGUGACUGUCGCUCCAACCUCUACCUGCUGCCCACAGGAGAGAUCGUCUACUUCAACGCCUCUGUGGUGGUGCUGUACAACACCGAGGAGCAGCAGCAGAGACACUACCUGGGCCACAACGACGAUGUCAAAUGCCUGAGUGUGCAUCCUGACAUGGUUACCAUAGCAACGGGGCAAGUGGCUGGAAACUCCAAUGGAAAGCUGCUGGCGCCUCAUGUUCGUGUGUGGGACUCUGUGAGCCUCAACACGCUCCAUGUGAUCGGGAUGGGAGUGUUCGACAGAGCGGUUAGCUGUGUGGCUUUCUCCAAGUCGAACGGCGGCACCUUCCUCUGCGCUGUGGACGAUGCCAACGAUCACAUGCUCUCGGUCUGGAACUGGCAGAAGGAGAAGCAGCUGGCUGAUGUCAAGUGCUCCAAUGACUCUGUGCUGGCCGCUGUGUUUCAUCCCAUGGAUGCCAACCUGAUUGUCACCUGUGGAAAAUCUCACAUCAACUUCUGGACCAUUGAGGGCAACACUCUGACCAAGAGACAGGGCGUGUUCGAGAAACAUGAGAAGCCAAAGUACGUGCUGUGUGUUGCGUUCGCUGAGAACGGAGACGCCAUCACAGGAGACUCCAGUGGAAACAUCUACGUCUGGGCCAAAGGCGGUAGCCGCAUCAGCCAGGUGGUGUCGGGGGCCCACGAGGGCGGGAUUUUCUCCGUUUGCGUCCUGAAAGAUGGCACCAUGGUCUCCGGAGGAGGGAAGGACCGCAAGGUGGUGCUGUGGGACCACGCCUACAGAAAAAAGGGCGAGAUGGAGGUGGGCGAGCCACUCGGUCCUGUAAGGGCGCUGGCCGAAGGUAAACCAGGAGAGCUCUUCGUAGGAACCACCAAGAAUGCCAUCAUCAGAGCCGCCUUCCCCGAUACAUUAACUCCGAUUGUACAGGGUCACACAGAUGAGCUGUGGGGUCUGGAUGUCCAUCCUACCAUGGAGCAGUUUGUCACCUGCUCCCAGGACAGACAGGUUCACCUCUGGGACACCAACUCCCAUCAGCCCCUCUGGAGCAAGACCAUCGAGGAUCCAGGCAGGUCUGCAGGUUUCCAUCCCAGCGGUGCUGUUCUGGCUGUGGGGACCAUGACUGGAAGAUGGUUGGUGCUGGACACUGACACCCAGGAUCUCGUUUCUAUGCACACAGACGGCAAUGAGAUCAUUUCCAACAUCAAGUACUCUCCAGACGGUAACUUCCUGGCUGUCGCUUCUCACGACAACUUUGUUUACAUCUACGCUGUGACGGAGAACGGCCGAAAGUACAGCCGCGCAGGGAAAUGCACUGGCCACUCGAGCUUCGUCACCCAUCUGGACUGGUCGGCAGACAGCCAGCACCUCGUCACCAACUCAGGAGACUACGAGAUCCUCUUCUGGGAGGCAUCCAGUGGUAAACAUGUGACCAGCAUGGACACAGUGCGCAACCAGGAGUGGGCCACUUCCACCUGCACUCUGAGCUUCAACACCUUCGGAGUCUGGCCGGAGGGAGCAGACGGCACUGACAUCAACGCCGUGUGCAGGUCACAUGACGGAUCCCUGCUGGCCUCCGCCGAUGACUUUGGCAAAGUGCACUUGUUCUCCUUCCCCUGCUCUCAAUCAAGGGCUCCGAGCCACGAGUGCUGCGGCCACAGCAGUCACGUGACCAACGUUGCCUUCCUGCACGACGACAGUCACCUGAUCUCCACUGGCGGGAAAGAUGCCAGCAUCCUGCAGUGGGGGGUCUAGGUGAUUGCUAUCUGCCAACAUCUCCAAUCCCCCCUCCCCAACAGGUGGGGGGGGGGGGGACCAGCACCCUGCCACCCUCUUCACUGUUCUAUCCUCCUGCACCACCAGGGGGCAGUAUGUCCACUGUGCCUGCUGGAAAUAAUAAUGAAAAAUGAAAUAAACACACACAACUUGACCCACAGAUGUCACACCGGAUGAGAUGUAUAAUUGUAAAAGAUGGAAUGUUAUUGAGUGUCCUGCUGUUUUGUAAUAGAAUGUAGAGAAAAUGACUUGUUGCCAUGCAGGAAGUGAAUCCUAUCUGUUGUCCCCCCCAAAAAAAUAUCAACUACUGCAACACCAACCCAGCUGUAAGGUGCUGGUGGUGACCACACAGUGAACCUGUCAUCUAGCGUUGGUACUAACUGUGCCUAAACUGUAUUCAUCUUAAUCCCCUGUAACAGGAAAUCCACCCAUUUUAAAGGAACAAGUGUGUGAUUACAUGUACACUUUACAGUUUAGUUGAAUGCAUGCUCCAUUGUCAGGGUUGUAUUUAUAUUUUAGGGGUUUAAUAUUAGGGUAUUACUCCUAGUGUACUGAGCAUUCACAAAAUAUGAAAAUCAGUUUGCAGACUCCUUAAACUUGCUUCAGGUGGAUGUAGGACAAACUUCAAACCAGUCGGACUGCAAAUAAAUCAAUUUGAUGUUCACUUUCAAAAUAUUUUUGGAUAGAUUUUCAAACACCAAAAUGCAUGGAAGUCAAAGGAAAUACACUUCUAUAUCUAUAAAAUAACAGCUCGGUUUGCAGAAUGGUGAUGUAAAGUGUACAUGAUUUGAAAUAACGGGGUCAAAACGUGUGAAAUCACUUCGCCCCUUUGAUGAAUUCACGUAAUUUCUGCACCGUUUGUGGGUGAGUGCGAUGGAUCCUUGUGAGCGUGUACCACUCUCUCCUGAAGCCAAAUCUCAGAUAAAACCCUCGGAUGCAACGAACGUUCAACAGACUGUAGCCUCAAUGGGUGUGAUAUUCUAAAGACAUCAGCUUCUAUAGCUUUAAGAAAGAGCGACACAUGCUGCGAAGAACUAAUUAGCAUGUCCUGCGGUUAAGGAAGAUUGUAUUAGGGUUCUUAAAAUGGGUGGUAUUCCCCUUUAAAACUCUUACUAUAACCCCAUUGCCUUGUCGUCUUAUAUAUUUCCAUCCCCUGAUUUCUAAACCCUUAAGGUGAAGACUGUAAGUAUUACAGAUUGUAAAAGGUACAAAGUGCCCCCCCACCCCAGGGCUGCUGUGUUUCUGAUUGUACUACAUCACUGUCACUAGAUGGCGCUACAAUGCAAGAUAAUGAGCAUGACCGAGGCUGUCCUCCUCCUGUAGGUGCUGUUAAAGUCGCAAAAGGUCUAUAGAGUAAAUUUAUAUAUUAUGCAGUGUAUCCGAGUGGCUGAGUUAUUUUAAUAUUUAACUAACAAUGACGGAUGUUAUUCUUUUGGCACUUUUAGCGAUGGACAGAAGGGUAACGUAGGCUGCUGUGCUGUGAGCUUGAGCUGUGCUUUGCUGCCUUCUGUUUUGUUAAUAAAGUUUUUAACCAAGCACUA